AUGGCUAAUCCUGGUGGGAAUGUGCCUCAACAACCUUGUUCUUCUAUAAUUGGGGGAAUCCAACAGUUUACCUCUGCAUUAAUGAAUGUUCUUUCGGGUCAUAGGUUGAAUUGGACGUAUAUUGAAAUCGUUAGAAGUCAUGAAGUUACUGAGUUGAAAUCUGUGGGAAAUUGUGAAGAGGUUAAGCAGUGGUUAGAGAAAAUGGAAGAUACUCUGGAGGCUAUAAAGUGUCCACUAAAUGAGUGGGCAAACACUGUAACUUUUUUCAUUAAGGGUGAUGCUAGGAGUUGGUGGAAAUCAAUGAAGGAAUCUUGUCCACCUAGUUCUUGGAUGACAUGGUCUGCCUUCAGGAAAUGUUUUAUUACUUACUUUCUAAGCCCCAGUUACAGAUUGAGGAAGAGGCAUGAAUAUUUAGAGUUUCGACAGGGUGACCUCAGCAUCACAGAAUUUGACAGUACCUUCAGGCGCUUGGCUAAGUAUCAUGAUGGGACUUAUGAUAAUCCACAAGCGCAGAUAGAUCAGGCGAUGCUUGCACUGAACUAA